GGCCGCCCGAGCCUGCUAGUACCACACCCCCGGGAGGGACGGAGGGGAGGCAGAAGCAUCCGAGGCAUUAAAGCAUCCGAGGGAGCCGGAGGGGAGGAGAAUGGAGUGACAGAGACACGCGGAGGGUGGGGGGUGGGGGGGAGCGUGUUGAGGGGGGGGGGGGGGGGACACAGAGGGAGGAAGAAGCGGCGGCGGCGGCUGCUCCUCUUUGCAGAGGGGGAAACUCUUGGGCUGAGAGCAGGAAUAAUGCGGUAGGCAAGGCGGACUGCUGGCUCCCCCGGCUCCGGCAGCAGCGGCGGCAGCCCGAGCAGCGGCAGCAGCAGCGGCAGCACCCCAGGCGCUGACAGCCCCGCCGGCCGGCUCCCUUGCUGACCGCCGACUGUCAAUGGAGCUGGAAAACAUCGUGGCCAACACGGUCUUGCUGAAAGCCAGGGAAGGGGGCGGAGGAAAGCGCAAAGGGAAAAGCAAGAAGUGGAAGGAAAUCCUGAAGUUCCCUCACAUUAGCCAGUGUGAAGACCUCCGAAGGACCAUAGACAGAGAUUACUGCAGUUUAUGUGACAAGCAGCCAAUCGGGAGGCUGCUUUUCCGGCAGUUUUGUGAAACCAGGCCUGGGCUGGAGUGUUACAUUCAGUUCCUGGACUCCGUGGCAGAAUAUGAAGUUACUCCAGAUGAAAAACUGGGAGAGAAAGGGAAGGAAAUUAUGACCAAGUACCUCACCCCAAAGUCCCCUGUUUUCAUAGCCCAAGUUGGCCGAGACCUGGUCUCCCAGACGGAGGAGAAGCUCCUGCAGAAGCCGUGCAAAGAACUCUUCUCUGCCUGUGCACAGUCUGUCCACGAGUACCUGAGGGGAGAACCAUUCCACGAAUAUCUGGACAGCAUGUAUUUUGACCGCUUUCUCCAGUGGAAGUGGUUGGAAAGGCAACCGGUGACCAAAAACACUUUCAGGCAGUACCGAGUGCUGGGAAAAGGGGGCUUCGGGGAGGUCUGUGCCUGCCAGGUUCGGGCCACGGGUAAAAUGUACGCCUGCAAGCGCUUGGAGAAGAAGAGGAUCAAAAAGAGGAAAGGGGAGUCCAUGGCCCUCAACGAGAAGCAGAUCCUCGAGAAGGUCAACAGUCAGUUUGUGGUCAACCUCGCCUAUGCCUACGAGACCAAGGAUGCACUGUGCUUGGUCCUGACCAUCAUGAAUGGGGGCGACCUGAAGUUCCACAUCUACAACAUGGGCAACCCCGGCUUCGAGGAGGAGCGGGCCUUGUUUUAUGCGGCAGAGAUCCUCUGCGGCUUAGAAGACCUCCACCGCGAGAACACCGUCUACCGAGAUCUGAAACCUGAAAACAUCCUGUUAGAUGAUUAUGGCCACAUUAGGAUCUCAGACCUGGGCUUGGCUGUGAAGAUCCCCGAGGGAGACCUGAUCCGCGGCCGGGUGGGCACUGUUGGCUACAUGGCUCCAGAGGUCCUGAACAACCAGAGGUACGGCCUGAGCCCCGACUACUGGGGCCUGGGCUGCCUCAUCUAUGAGAUGAUCGAGGGCCAGUCGCCAUUCCGCGGCCGCAAGGAGAAGGUGAAGCGGGAGGAGGUGGACCGCCGGGUCCUGGAGACCGAAGAGGUGUACUCCCGCAAGUUCUCCGAGGAGGCCGAGUCCAUCUGCAAGAUGCUGCUCACCAAAGAUGCAAAGCAGAGGCUGGGCUGCCAGGAGGAGGGGGCUGCAGAGGUCAAGAGACACCCCUUCUUCAGGAACAUGAACUUCAAGCGCUUAGAAGCCGGGAUGUUGGAUCCUCCCUUCGUUCCAGACCCCCGCGCUGUGUACUGUAAGGACGUGCUGGACAUCGAGCAGUUCUCCACUGUGAAGGGCGUCAAUCUGGACCACACAGAUGACGACUUCUACUCCAAGUUCUCCACGGGUUCUGUGUCCAUCCCAUGGCAAAACGAGAUGAUAGAAACAGAAUGCUUUAAGGAGCUGAACGUGUUUGGACCUGAUGGUACCCUCUCGCCAGAUCUGAACAGAAAUCACCCUCCGGAACCGCCAAAGAAAGGGCUGCUCCAGAGAAUCUUCAAGCGUCAGAUAAAGCCCUGUGCCUCCAGGGGCGGCCCUUGCACCUGGCUCUGAGGGGAGACUUCCAAAGGCCAUGAAAAGCAAGGGUUAGAGCUGAUGGAGGCAGCCCCUGACCCAUCGCCAGGGCUCCCAGGACUGACUGCUGUUCUCUCCAUCCCGUCUCCCCCAACCCCAACCCCAGCAUCAGAACAAUUCCAAGAGUUCACCCAGCUCCAAGACCAAUUUUAACCACCACAUAAACUCAAACCACGUCAGCUCGAACUCCACCGGAAGCAGCUAGUUUCGGCUCUGGAAGUCCACAGUGGAACCAGCGCAGACCUUCUCCUUAGAAGCGGAAGUACUGGAGCUUCUGCUCUGGUGGGGCUGCCAGGGGAGCCCCCCAGAAGCCGGGGAAGGAGGCCGUCCAUCCCGUCGACGUAGAACCUCGAGGUUUCUCAAAGAAAUUUCCACUCAGGUCUGUUUUCCGAGGCGGCCCCGGCCGGGGUGGAUUGGAUUUGUCUUUGGUGAACAUUGCAAUAGAAAUCCAAUUGGAUACGACAACUUGCACGUAUUUUAAUAGCGUCAUAACUAGAACUGAAUUUUGUCUUUAUGAUUUUUAAAGAAAAGUUUUGUAAAUUUCUCUACUGUCUCAGUUUACAUUUUGUAUAUUUGUAUUUAAAGAAAGUGAGAUUGAGGGUGUAUAUUUUCUGUGCAGCCACUGUUAACCCAUGUGUUCCAAGGCAUUUUAGCGGGGAGGGGUUUACAAAAAAAAAAAAAUGUGACUCACAACUUCCAGAGCCUCAAAUGAGAAAAUGUCUUUAUUAAAUGUAGAAAGUGAUUCACA